AUGUCUGGUCAUGGCAAGGGCGGUAAGAGGCUGGGGAAAGGCGGCACCAAGCGCCACAAGAAGGUGAUGCAGGACAACAUCACCAAGCUGGACAGCCACCGCCUGGCUCAGCGUGGUAGCGUGAAGCUCGUCUCUGGCUUCAUCUUCCAAGAGAGCCAGGGGGUGCUGAAGGUUUUCUUGGAGAAUGCUAUCCAUGAUGCCGUCACCUACAUGGAGCAUGCCAAGUGCAAGACCGUCACCACCAUGGAUGUGGUCUACUCGGCAAUGCACCAAGGCUGCACCGUGUAUGGAUUUGGAGGUUCAACGAAGGUGGGAAAAAACCCUACAGUCUAUCAGUAA